UAAGGCUGUUAUUAUCUGAGGAACUGAAAUGGUAAAGCAAAUCCAUAGAGAAAUACAGCAAGAAGUGGGCUCGUGGGUCGCACUCGGAAACAGAAGGCCUCACCUCAGUAUCAUUGUGGUGAGAGACAACCCAGCAAGCCAUAUGUACGUCAGGAAGAAGAUAAGAGCCGCUUCUGCCGUAGGUAUCUGUAGUGAGCUCAUUCUAAAACCUAAGGAUGUUUCUCAAGGAGAACUUCUGGAUAUAACUGACCAGUUGAACCGAGUCAGUGGUAUAUUGGUUCAAUUACCACUGUCAGAUUAUGUGGAUGAACGAACAUGCAGUGGAAUUGCCCCAGAAAAAGAUGUGGAUGGAUUUCAUAUUACCAACGGAAGAUUGUGCCUCGAUCAGCAUUCCCUCAUCCCAGCCACUGCCAGAGCUGUGUGGCAAAUAAUGAAGAGAACAGGGAUUGAAACAUUUGGGAAAAAUGUGCUAGUGGCUGGGCGAUCCAAGAACGUCGGAAUGCCCAUUGCCAUGCUUUUGCGCACUGAUGGAGAGCAUGAGCGCCAGGAGGUAGGUGGCAGCGCCAGGAGGUAGGUGGCAGCGCCAGGAGGUGAUGCAGCUGUGACGACAGCCCACAGAUACACCCCCAAAGAACAACUGAAGAUCCACGCUCAGCUGGCAGAUACUAUCAUAGCAGCUGCUGGACUGGAAAACUCAUUGUUGAGUGAGUUUCUCAUCUUGGUUCAAGCAUUUUUUCUAGAAGAUGAGGAGGGUCUUCAUGGAGGUGUCCCCAAGUUGAUUACAUCUGAUAUGAUUAAAGAAGGUGCUGCUGUAAUUGAUGUGGGUAUCAACCAUGUCCAUGACCCAGUGACAAGGAAGACAAAGUUAGUUGGAGAUGUGGACUUCGAAGGUAAUUUCCUUUGCUAAGUGAAUGAAGGAGGAAAGGCUCUGCCUUACAUGUUUUGGUAGUGGA